GGAGGCCCCGCAGGCCCGGGCCUUCCCCGCAGGGCUCCGCACUGCGCCUGCGCCGCGGCCCUGCCCGCCCGCCCGCUCCGCUGCGCGCCGCCGCCGCCGCCUCAGGGCUGCCCCUCGCCGCCCGCCCGCCUGACGCAGCCCGGCCGGGGGCGAGCGGAGGCCGUGAGGCGGCGGGCAUGGGCCCCGCGCGCCCGCCGGGGAGGCGGCGGCGGCGGUUGAGCGGCUGAGGGGGAUGGUGUCCAGCGAGCCCCUGCUGCUGCCCGUGUCGCUGGAGGGCGAGUUCUCCAGUAGCAUGAAGGAGAUGAUCGGCGGGUGCUGCGUGUGCUCCGACGAGAGGGGCUGGGCCGAGAAUCCGCUCGUCUACUGCGACGGGCACGGCUGCAAUGUCGCAGUGCAUCAAGCUUGCUAUGGAAUUGUUCAAGUACCCACUGGACCUUGGUUUUGCAGAAAGUGUGAAUCUCAGGAAAGAGCAGCCAGAGUGAGAUGUGAAUUAUGCCCUCAUAAGGAUGGUGCUUUAAAGAGAACAGAUAAUGGGGGUUGGGCUCAUGUGGUUUGUGCUCUGUACAUUCCCGAGGUGCAGUUUGCAAAUGUUUCUACAAUGGAACCUAUCGUGUUGCAGUCUGUUCCUCAUGACCGUUAUAAUAAGACCUGCUAUAUUUGUGAUGAGCAAGGCAGAGAAAGUAAAGCAGCCUCUGGUGCUUGCAUGACGUGUAAUAAACAUGGAUGCCGACAAGCUUUUCACGUAACGUGUGCACAGUUUGCAGGACUUCUUUGUGAAGAAGAAGGCAAUGGUGCAGAUAACGUCCAAUACUGUGGCUACUGUAAAUACCAUUUUAGUAAGCUGAAAAAGAGCAAACGGGGAUCUAAUAGGUCAUAUGAUCAAAGUUUAAGUGAUUCUUCCUCUCACUCUCAGGAUAAACAUCAUGAGAAGGAGAAAAAAAAGUUUGGGCUGGCACAUAGAAGGUCUGAAAAGCUACACAGCAUGGGACAGAAAUACAAAGAGAAAGAUAAACACAAGCAAAAAUAUAAGAAGCAGUCGGAGUCUUCGCCAUCCUUGGUUCCAUCUCUUACUGUAACUACAGAGAAAACGUACACAAGCACUAGCAACAACUCCAUGUCAGGCUCCUUGAAGCGGUUGGAAGAUACCACAGCUCGAUUUACAAAUGCAAAUUUCCAGGAAGUUUCUACGCACGUUUCAAGUGGAAAAGAUUCUUCAGAGGCUAGAGGGUCAGAGAGCAAAGGGAAGAAAUCUGCAGGUCACAGCUCAGGUCAGAGGGGAAGAAAGCCUGGUGCUGGAAGAAAUCCAGGAACAACUGUGACUGCAGCUAGCCCUUUUCAGCAAGGAAGCUUUUUGGGCACUCCUAGCAGCAUAAAGUCAUCUUCUGGAAGUUCAGUUCAGUCUCCCCAGGAUUUUUUGAGUUUUACAGAAACAGAUCUGCGAAAUGAUAGUUUCACUCAUUCUCAACAGACUUCGUCAACCAAAGAUGUACAUAAAGGAGAGACUGGGAGUCAAGAGGGGGCUGUCAAUUGUUUCACAUCCUUAAUUGGUCUCCCUUCAUCAUCAGCUGUUUCCCAAUCUAAAAACUUUGACAGCUCACCUGGAGACAUAGGUAAUUCAAGCCUUACUUCUACAGCAUACAAACGAGCUCAAACUUCUGGAAUAGAAGAAGAAACUGUAACAGAGAAGAAACGGAAAGGAAAUAAGCAAAGUAAACAUGGGCCUGGUAGACCCAAAGGAAAUAAAAGUCAAGAAAGUAUUUCCCAUCUUUCAGUUUCUUCUGCUUCCCCAACUUCAUCUGUGGCUUCUGCUGCAGGAAGUGUGACGAGCUCUGGUCUUCAAAAAUCUCCGACUUUGCUCAGGAAUGGAAGUUUACAAAGUCUUAGUGUUGGCUCAUCUCCAGUGGGUUCAGGUAUUUUUAGCAGCAAUGAUGUAGCAGUAUCAUUUCCAAAUGCAGUAUCUGGCUCAGGAUCUAGCACUCCCGUUUCCAGUUCUCAUUUACCUCAGCAGGCUUCAGGCCACUUGCAGCAAGUGGGAGCUCUGUCACCUUCAACUGCGCCUUCUAUAACUACUGUUGUUGCUGCAACUCAGGCAAACACACUACCCGGAUCUUCUCUCAGUCUGCCUCCAUCCCACAUGUAUGGCAAUAGGCUGAAUCCCAAUUCAGCCAUGGCAACACUUAUAGCUCAGACUGAAAACAGCCAAGCAGAUCAAGAUCUUGGAGAUAAUAGCCGCAGCCUCGUUGGCAGAGGAGGUUCGCCCAGAGGAAGUCUCUCACCACGAUCCCCUGUAAGCAGCUUGCAGAUUCGCUAUGAUCAAUCAGGGAACAACUGCGGGGAAAACUUGCCCCCAGUAGCAGCCAGCAUAGAACAGCUUCUGGAGAGGCAAUGGAGUGAAGGACAGCAGUUUUUACUCGAACAAGGCACCCCUAGUGACAUUUUAGGAAUGCUUAAAUCAUUACACCAACUUCAGGUUGAAAAUAGGAGAUUAGAAGAACAGAUAAAGAACCUGACUGCUAAAAAGGAACGGCUCCAGCUACUCAAUGCGCAGCUUUCAGUUCCGUUUCCAACAAUAACUUCAAAUCCUAGUCCUUCUCAUCAAGUACAUGCCUUUCCAGUGCAAGCAGCACCUAGCACCGAUUCCUUGAACAGCAGUAAAAGCCCUCAUCUGGGAAACAGUUUUUUACCAGACAAUUCUCUUCCUGUAUUAAAUCAGGAGAUAACCUCCAGCGGACAAAGCACCAGCAGUUCAUCAGCCCUUUCCACUCCACCACCUGCUGGGCAGAGUCCAGCUCAGCAAGGCUCAGGAGUCACAGGAGUUCAACAGGUCAAUGGUGUGACAGUGGGGGCACUAGCUAGUGGUAUGCAGACUGUAACCUCCACCAUUCCUGCAGUGCCUGGUGUGGGUGGAAUAAUUGGAGCACUGCCAGCCAGCCAGCUGGCAAUCAAUGGAAUUGUAGGGGCUUUAAAUGGGGUAAUUCAGACCCCGGCAACAAUAUCACAGAACCCUUCUCCUCUCACUCAUGCAACCGUGCCACCCAAUGCAACGCAUCCUCUGCCAACUACGUUAAAUAACAGUGCCUCGGGACUAGGAUUGCUUCCUGACCAACAGAGACAACUUCUCCUCCAUCAGCAGCACCAGCAAUUCCAGCAGUUACUGAGUACCCAGCAGCUCACGUCGGAACAACAUCAGGCCCUUUUGUAUCAGCUAGUGCAGCAGCAGCACCACCACCAACACCACCACCAGUCUGAAGUACAGCAACUGCAGAUUACUGGAGGAGCACAGAUACCCAUCAACAACUUACUUUCAGGCACCCAGGCGUCACCACUAAAUGCAGCUUCUACCAACCCAUUCCUUACAAUCCAUGGAGAUAACGCGGCUCAGAAGGUGACAUAUUUUCUCUUACACAGAGGCUCAGUGAUAAAACUGGACCAGUUGCGUCAGAGAAGAGUUGACAUUUGAGUGAUACUUGAGAACUGCAUGUCCUGCUGUUAUAGCACUUCAUCUGGCUGCAAACUGCAGUUUUCCUUUCUGCAGAUGUGAAGAAAUGCAACAAGGAACUCUUACUGCACAGGAAAAGGUUAAUAAUUUUCAAAAGGAUAUUUUUGGUAGGCUUUGAUUUGCUUUCUUGUUGCACUAAAAUGGAUGUACUUUUUCAUGUUUCAGACUGUGAAGUAGAUAAAAUUCUGCAAACUAUAGUUAUUUUGUCAAUUUGAUGGUACUAAGUACAAAUUCAACCACGGAGAAACACAUACUUGACUUUUCAGUACUAAUCUUAUAAAGGCUGGUAAACUGUUCGCAGUUAUGCAUUACAUCGAUUUCAGAGCAGUAGUUUCAAAAAACAAAAAGAAAAAAGAACAUCAAAAAAAAAAAAAGCAAAACCCAAACCUAGCCAGUCUGAACCUCUGCUGCAGUUGCAAUCCUUUUAGACUAUGCUUGUGAUGGCAGUCUGGACUUGCUACUUGUUUGUUUUUACACACACACAUUUUGAAAUCUGACUCAUAAGGGAAUCUACUUCUGAACUUUUUAUUCCUUUAAAUCCCGAUUGUUAUAUAGGGGGAGUUUUUCCUGAUUAAGAGUUUAAGAAUUACAGUAUGGAAUCCAAAGUUUGUUAAUUUUGGUGUAGGUUUUAGAGUUCUGAGGUUUUUAAAGGAACUGGUUUGGUUCCAGUGAGAAAUUUUUUUUUUCUUACCAGAUGAGAAGGCCACACUGGAAGAAGUAUGUGCAGUGUUUGGCCUAAACCAAGUGCCUGUUGCUACCUCUGUUUUGUUGAAAUGGCUGCAAACAGCUGAUCAUGCACUAGACGUGUCCUUGUUAGCAGCAGGAAUAUUCAGUGUUGCACCAGCAGCCUUGUUGUUCUGCCUUUACUAGAAGUGUUUAUACCACUGUAGAGAGCUCAGGCAGAUUGUUACCUGGGUCGCUUUUCACUAAGAAACUACCAAAAAAGUGAGUUAAUAUUUCCCACUAGGAUUUAGCAGUGGUUGAAACGGGUGAACUUGUGUUAGGGCACUUCCACCAACAGCAGCUGAUUUCCUGGCGUGACUCUAUGCAGUACGGUGAAGUAAAUUAAAUUGGGGUAAUGACCACUAAUCAAUAGUACGGUGGGAAAUAUUAGAGGAAAAGACCCAGCUGUAAUUAGACCUCCACUGUGUACUUAUUUGGAAGAACAUGUUAAUUCUGCAAUAUGUUUCUUAGUUGAACAUUGCACAGUUCUUACCUCAUUUCUGUAAAUAAAGUUUUGUGAAUCUGUUUUGUAUUGUGAAGAAUUCAUAAGAAAACAUUGAUAUUUUGAUUUGUAAUAUUUCUAAUUAGUAGAUUUAAUUGAAAAAGUAAAAAUAAUUUAUUUUUAUAUGUUCUGGGGAAUUUUUUAAAAAUGUCACAAAUCACUUUUGUAGAUACUUUACAAAAGGAAACCAGUGGUUUAUUUUACCUUCUCAACCCACUGGUGAAUAUUCUGUAACAAUUUGUACAAAAGGUAAGAUGGGAAAUGUGCUGUUAUUUUGCCUAGAUGUAAAAUUCCAAGUGUAUGAAAAGAUAUGUACAAAGCUUUUGUUAAUAAACUUUAAUAAUGUUUAUAGUUGCA